ACAACAACCUCAAUAACAAUUUAUUUUCUUCUUGUUUUGCUCGUGCGAGGUGCAAAGUUUAUGUUCUACCGGCUUUCGUUUCUUACCAUUGAACUCUAUUCAAUCUGCACUACACCAAAAUUCCCACCACCAACAAAAUGCACACCCUCAAAUCCCUCCUCCUAACAGCCCUCACCCUAUCAUCCACCCUCACCCUCACAUCCGCCACCACAACCAGCAGCAGCAGCAGCACCACCACCACCACCACCACCACCCCAACCUACAGCAUAACCGAGCCCACCUCCGGCGCCAUAAUCUCCCUGAACACCGCAACCGUCAUAUCCUGGAACACAACCGAACCCAGCACCUCAAAGUUAUCCAUCCACCUCUCCAAAACCACCAACGAAACAACAAACUUCUACACCAUCGCCACCAACAUCUCCAACUCGGGCUCAAUCUCCUGGUCACCACCGUCGCGCGUGGGCACCGGCUCCGACUACAUCGUCGUCCUGGAACCAUCCUCCUCUUCAUCCUCUGAGACAUACACCUCGUCCCCCUUCACCAUCUCAUCCUCCACCAACGCCUCGACAACAUACUACCCCACCGAGGGGGAGGUAGUAAAGACAGGCCAGACUACUAUUAUUACCUGGGAAGUGGAGAGGAAUGUCUCGGAGGUGAGUAUUUAUCUCAUGGAGGGGGAGUUGAAGAAUGGGAAUGGAACUGCGGAUGGAAGUGGGCUGAAGAAUGUGACGACUAUCACGACGGAUAUUGCCAAUUCGGGGGAUGUGGCGUGUGUAUUGCCGGGGAGUGUGAAGAGUGGGGAUGAUUAUCGGUUUGCUAUUGUGGAUGUUAAGGAUGAGGGGAGGGUGAAGUAUUCGGCGGUGUUUGAGGUUGUUAAUUCGGGUGGUGAUGGUGAUGAUUCGAGUUCGGAGGGUUCUUCGAGUGGUAGUGGUAGCGGUAGUGAUAGUGGGAAUGUGAGUGGGAGUUCGUCGAGUGGGGAUGGGUCUGGAUCUGCUGCUGGUAAUGGGAAAGAGACUUCGGGUGCUGCGAAGGUUUGGGGGGUUGGGGUUGGAGGAAGAUGGGGUGGGGGGUUGUUUGUUGGGCUGGUGGUUGGGUCUUUGUUGGUUUAG